AUGGAGGAUCCAUGGGGUUCCCCUUGGACAAACGACUCGCCCCCGAAGAUAGAUCUCCCCGCGCCGCCGCCGCACGCACAUUUCACCCCAGACCAUAGCCAGCGACCCUCCCCUGCUCAUACGCCAUGGAUGGACGAUGAUGAUGCCUGGGGCGGCUGGGCCGAGCCUGGUAAGGACAGCAGUCCCCGAUGGGGGAGGAGUCCUGGUUUGCGGCCGAUAGGGGGUAGUCCUGCCAGCUCGAGACUUCCGUCGCCGGGACCGGAUUCAUGGGGACACCUGGCAACACUAGAAACGGCGCGGGUGCGGAAGGAGGAGAGGAGCGGAGAUUCAGCAAUAAGUCUUGGUGAAGGAUUGCGACCGAUCGAAGCCAGGGUCGCGUCGAGGACGCCGCCUCCCCUGACCGAGUUGAAGGAGAGCACGGCGGAUAUCUGGCGACAACCUGACCGGGCUCCGUCUAUGAGGAGUCUGAGUCCGAUGCCGAGUGAUGAUGGCCGACCCGGCUCUCCGGAUGGAGCUCCUCGACCAGCUCUGCGACGUGGCACGCGACCACCUGCUUUGCGCCAGCCCUCGAAUAAGGUUUUGGAGCUGGUGGAGAUGUACGACGAUAUAGCCAAGCGAAGCCACAGCGUAUCGCCUAUCGAUCCGACCAUGCGAAAGACGUCGAGCACCCGGUCGCCGGUGCAAGAAGCGACGCCUGAACCUGAGGCCGUGGAACGAUUAGAGCCGGAACCGGAAUUGGAGCCAACGCCGGAGCCAGCGCCAGAGCCAGAAACAAAGGUGGAAACGAAAGACCGCGAAGUAUCACCGGAUGUCAUGGAAGAAACAACAGAGGAGGAAAAGACCGUGGCAGAGAAGACCGAGGAAGAUGAGGCUCAAGCUGAAUCUGACUCUUGGUCGGAUUUUGAAUCGCCCAUCCAUGAGGAAGUGCCGGAAGUACCAGAAACAAAGGUGGUCGAGGAAAAGUUUCCUGUGGUUGAGACGACAACUCACGAUGAGCCCAAAGAGAUAUUACAACCACGACCAAAACAACCAUCGAUACCGUUCUCAAUCGAUAUGUCGAAGUUGGACGACCUCUUCCCCUCAGUUGAAGCAUCCUUUCCAACCCCCGAGCCAGUACCAGAUGUCAUCAUCGAUGACACGUUUGCCUCGAUAUCUGAGCGCAAGGCUUGGUACCAGAUCUCUAGAUUCGGCUCAAUCCGAAAGCAUAACAUGGGAGACGACGAAAACUAUGUGCGCAUUGGCUGGAGCAACUCACAGGUGCGUGAGCAGGCCAUCCGUAUUGUCAGACGGUGGAUGGAGGAGGACUCUAUCGCGGGCCGUGUCGUUCUUGGUCGAAGAGGUGCUGCUGCAGGUGGAAGGAUCUUCAAUUGGGAUUCUUCUGCGCCGUCAGUUGAUAUCUCAGAGUUGUUAGCGCGCAAGAGCCAUUCAAGACACGCGUCGGUCAACUCGAAAGGAACGGUAGCAUCACCGACGGUUGCGGCGUUUGGAUGGGGGAGCAGCCCUGCUCCUUCGUCGACUAUUGCUAUACCACCUCCAGCUUCGGAGCGUUCUAUCACUGAGCCCAGCUCGACUGUAGAGUCGUCUCCUGUGGAAGUCGCCAAGACGUCACCGGUUACAGCGAAGCCUCCUCCGCCUCCCGCAAGAUCACCAACAGCUAUUGCUCGACCUCCUUCUCCUAUUAAACCUAUACCUAUUAAGCCUACUACCCGCCCCCUAUCUAUAUCUCAACCUCUACCAUCACCAACUUCCCCUCAGAUUCCUCAGCCGCCUUCUCCUAUUAUACCUACGCCCCUGCAAGCUACAACCCGGCCAAUCUCUAUCUCUCAACCAAUUACAUAUCCAACAUCACCACUAGCACAACCGCCCGAGAAUGCAGGUUGGGGAGAUGAAGAAGAAGAUGACGAUGAUUGGGGCGACAUGGUUUCCUCACCUUCCGGGGAAGGGAACGGAACCUUUCCAUCUCUGGACGCGAUUGUGGGUGCCAAGACGGAGGACAACACAAACAAGGGGCAUGUUUCUAAACCUUCAAUCACGGCUACAGCUCCUCCGGAUGAUAUCUUUGAGAGUGCUCCUAAGGAAGAAGCAACAAACAACGACCGUGCUUCUUUUGACGUACCAGUCUCCCAGGGGUUCAUACCCUCACACUCUCGACAUACCACCGUCGACUGGAGCGCCUCCCCGGGCCAAGGCUUGAUGCCUAGCCACUCAAGGUCGACCACAGUUGAUUUAACUCCUUCGCCGAUACAGGGUUUGAUUAGCCACUCUAGGUCAACCACGGUCGACCUGAGUCCCCUGCCCCGGUCGUCACUGGACGUCAUGGCUUCCGCAAAUCUGAUGCAGAACAAGGCAAGGUCGCCAAUUGAAAACACAAACAGGCUGAAUGGCUGGGCUUCUUGGGACAUGGACUUCUUUGGUAAUGGGAACAAACCAUCAUCGCCAAUGAGGGAGAGCUCACCGCUGAAAGAGAGUAUGACUGCAAGCCAGGAGCUUGAACCUGUGUCGAAGCCAUUGGAGACUGCAAAAAAACAGACUUUGUCAAAGAAGCCUCGACCGAUGUCGCUUCCUGUUCCUCCACGACAAGAGCCAGAGGAUACAUCCAAAGAUGACGAGAUUGUCGCCAAUAUCCUCCGAGACCUUCCAGAUCUCUCAUACAUGUUACGAUAA